UGUGAAUCACAGUGAGAAACAAGAAUGGCCGACCGAGAACUGUAAAAACUUGUUGGUUGUCCCGUUAUCGAAUCUUUUGAUAGAAAUUUAAUGCCUGUUUAAAAAGGAAAGCAAAAUUGACACGUGAUCCAAGUUUUGUCAAAUAAUGAACAACGUGAAAAUCUUUGCUCGGUUUCGCGGUUGCAUUAAACAACCAAUGGUGAACAAGGAAAUAAAAUGCCGCGAUUAAAAUUUCUAUGAUUUUGACACGUUUACAAAAUUUAAGAUCCAAGAAGUGAAUCUUGAAACUUUUUUGAGAGUGGAAACUCAUCGAUAUUGUGUAAGGAUAUAUCGAUCGGGACAUUCUAUUUGUUCAUAGAGGGUGUGGGAUCAUUAUACAAACAUUAUGACGAAUUGCUGCCUUUCGAGUGAUACGAAGGAUUCUCUCUAUUUUUUUUAUCGUCUGCAUUUCUUCAAUGUCUUCUAAUUAUACUAAACAUGUGUGCUCGUGAACGUCGUUACAGUUAACAAGUGAUAAGUGAUCAUAAUUUGGUAGAUUAUCGUGUAAUUUUAUUUAUAUAAUAAGCGUUAGGUGUUUAUCAAUCAUGAAGAAACAAUUCUUCAGAGUUAAACAGCUUGCUGAUCAAACAUUUUCUAGAGCUGGCAAAACAGAAGUGCUUACAGAUGAUUUACAAGCUGCAGAUAAACAUGUAGAUCAAAUCAGAAUGGCUCUCAUUGGAUUAAACAAAAGACUUGGUAAUCCACCAAAUCAGGCUAUGACACAAGAUAUUGCACUGAAGGAAAAGCGUUUGAAAAAAUGUCCAGAAUAUAUAUUAGGUCAAACAAUGUUGGAAAAUGCUCCUGAAGAUGGUCUCAUGGGUUUUACUUUGUCAGAGUGUGGACGUGCACAGGUGUAUUUAGCAAAUGAGGCAAUUGAACAUGAAGCAAAAGUUGAACAAUAUGUUGCAGUGCCUCUUCAACAUAUUUUAGAUACGGAUGUACCAAACAUAAUAAAACAUAAAAGAAAUUUAGCCCGAUUAACUUUAGAUAUGGAUAGUGUGAGGACAAGAUAUCAACAAGCCAGUAAACAUAGUGCUAGUGCAGGUGCAACAAAGGUAGAUAAUUUAAGAGAAGAGUUGGAAGAAGCAGAAACUAAAGUUGAGCAAUGUAGGGAUCAACUAGCUGCAGAAAUGUUUCAACUUAUGUCGCGAGAAACUGAAUUAGCACACACUAUUAUACAAUACGUAAAACUUCAAAGAGCUUAUCAUGAAAGUGCGCUACAUUGCCUUGAAGACCUUAUUCCUGGAUUAGAAAGCUAUAUUAAUGAUAAUGAAAUGAAACCAGUUUAUGGUUAUCCUUUGGAAGAACAUCUCAGAGUAACUAACAGAAAAAUUGCAUUACCCGUUCAAUUGUGUGUAUCUGCGUUGCUAAGAUUAGGUAUGGAAGAAGAGGGCCUUUUUAGAAUAGCUGGCGCUGCGUCAAAAUCACGGCGAAUUAAAUUGAGUUUAGAUGCAUGCUGCCUUACAUUACCAACUGCUCUUGAGUAUAAAGAUCCACAUGUCAUUGCUGGCGCAUUAAAAUCUUAUCUUCGAGAACUACCUGAACCUCUCCUAACUUACAAGUUGUAUCCUGAAUGGAUGGCGGCUGCAAAAAUAACUCAGAAUGAAACAAGAUUGAGGGCUCUAUGGGAGGUGUUACAUAAGUUACCAGCUGUAAAUUUAGAAAAUCUGCGGUUCCUAAUCAAAUUUCUAGCUGUUCUCACAAAAAACCAAGAUGUGAAUAAAAUGUCGCCACAAAAUAUUGCGAUUGUAAUCGCGCCCAAUUUAAUAUGGAGUCCACAAGAGGAUGCAAAUACAAUGGUAAUGAACAUGAGUACAGCUAAUAACUCUAGUCUUAUAGUUGAUCAGUUGAUCACGUAUGCAGAUUGGUUUUUUCCUGGUGAAAUAGAUUUUGAUCGCGAUUUAGAAGUUGGUAUUAUAAAUGGUUCGGAAAAUCAAACUACGAGUAUGCGUCGUUGCAUUUCUAACAGUAGUCUUAGUGAUCAUGGAGAAAGUCCUCCACAAGGCAGUCCUAAACCAGCAGCUCGUAGGAAAAACAAACCAGCUCCAACACCACCAAGUAGCACUACUCCGGAUAAACAUGAUAAGAAACCUGAUGAUAAACCACCACCCACACCUGAUAAACCACCUAGACCUUUAACAUCAGGGACUCUUAAUCGCAUAAAAAAACAUGAAACAACAAAUACGGAAUCAAUUACAAAACAUGACACUAGUAUAGAUAAGCAGGAUGGAAACACAGAAACAGAAACUAAACAACACAAUACUGAAGCAAAUGCACUUAUUGAUUCCUCGUUAGUUAAUUGUUCAGAACGCGUUGACGAGGUACAGGAAGAUUUACAUAAUGCAAACACAGAAACUGAAAAGAUUAAUCAAGAAACUCAAAAGGCUGAAAAGAAAUUAAAUGCUCCUAUUGCUCUUGAAAGGAACACUAUGGAGAAUAUAUCGUGUAAUAAGUCUCUUGUGGAACUUGAAAAUUCAGAAAAUUCUACACAAAAAUUAAAGAUAAUACCAACCGAAAGACCGCCUCCCACUACAUUAGAAAGACGUAGACCAGUAGCUGCUCCAAGAAGUAUAACCAACAUAGUACAUAAUGCAGAAGAAACGGUUGAAUUACGUAAGAAGGCGGACAAUAAUCCAGUAUGUACAAGCACACUUGAUAGAAGUAGUAAACCGGCGAUUCCAGAACGACCAGCAGGAUUAAUACGACCUUCGAGCCUUAUUAAACAACAACCACGGCACAGUAACGAAAACUUAGACAGCGAAGCAGGACCUUUAACUUUGGAAAGAGCUCAUGUAUAUUCAGUGGACAAACAACAGGUCAGUAUAAUACAAGUGCGUGGCAAUGGCAAUGCGUUCUGCACCUCGGGCAACAACAAUGGCAACGCGGCUUCGAACUUACAGAGAAGCCCCAGUGUAGGUAGUCGACCUUCGUCUAUGUCCUUGUACGGCGAACGACCGGAAAAGCCAGCCAAACUGAACGCUCCGGAACAAACGAAAGCUCACGUGCGAACCAGAUCAGAAGGGAAUAUUAUCGAUGUGCAAACUCAGACUGAGACGGUGGUAGUUGUUAAAUCACCGCAACAACCUGUUCCGGCUUCUCCAAGAUUUCAUCAAAGACCUCCGCGACCACAACCGCCACCACCACCUCCACCCACCGCGCGUGUUAAAUCGGAACACGAAAGUACUAAUCUCUAGAAUCAACUGUAUAAAAAGUGAUUAUUACAUUUAUAAGAGAACUUUAUAGAAAUUAAUAUUUUAAAAAAAAUGAAGGCUAUAUUUCUUAUAAAAUAGUAUGGAACUGUAAAAAACUCUUAACAAGAUAAUGUAAAUUUUCCUAUUUUUGAUGUUAAAUAAUGAACGUUCCAAUUUCGAUAAUUACAUUGAAAUUGAUAGCACAGUUAUAUGAAAUUUCAUUUUAACUUUUUGAAAUUAUGCAGAAGGCGAAAAAAUAUGUUUUCUUCUGUAUUUUUAAAAUGAUAAUAAACAGCAGAAAACGAAAACUAAAUUUACAAUUGUAAGAUUAAACAUUUUUAAGUUUUUAUAGUUAUAUAUUAAAGAUAAUUAAAAAAAGUUAUACAUCUUAUUUUCAUAUUUAACUCUAAUAUUUUUGCAACUUAUCGAUUUUUAUACUUGUUAUCAGAAUAAUGAAAACAUAAAUGUAUAAAAAGACGUGGCAUUUAAUGUCUCUAGAUUGACAUACCUUUUAAGCACACAACUUUCAGUAUGGUUAUUAUGUAAUACAAAAUGGUAUAUAUUUGGCAUUAACUAUAACACAUUUGUAUGUUAUUUAUUUAUACUUGCAGAGUAUAUGCUAGAUUGUAAUGCAUUUAAUAAGGUGAUUACUUAUAAAAGAAAACAGAAAAGGGAUGAAUUUUUCGAAUUAGCUUUAAGUUGUUGCAAAGAAUUUUGGAUGAACUAAUAUCAAUUGACUUUAAUGUAAAUAAAUAGGCAUCCUUUGCGUGUAUUUGUUUUACAAAAUAACAAUACUGUGAUAAUAUAGAGUUUAUAAUAUUGCCAAAAAUUCUAAAAUUUUCAGUUAUUUAGCUCAAAUAAAAAAGUGUUUAAUAACAUUAUCCAAUUAUUCAAAACUUAUUUUAUUGUAUUACAAAAUUGUUUUAUUUUUGUUUAAUAAUGCAAUACUUAUUUUGUGAUUUACAAAAAUGUUACAAUAUAUUAACAAAUUGUACCUUCUGAAAAUGGAGUAUUUUUUAAAUGUAAAGGAAAAUGUAUGUAUUGAUAAAUAUAUUGUAUAUAACACGUAA